AUACAGUAAAAUAGUAAAUUAAUAUUUACAUGAUAAUAUGUUAUUUUUUUGUAAAUGAACAAGUUGGAAACAGUUGCAAAUUAAUAAUGAAUUGGUAGUUCUUUGUUUUCUGCUUACGUUAUACUCUGUGAAAAUUAUUCCGAUUGCGACUCUGACAAAUUUUUAUAGAAACGAUCCCGGACGAUUCUGUCUAGUUGAUCGUCUUUCUGUCUUAUUUCCAGUGAUUUAACGUGAAAAUUCAUUACUAACAAUCAUGAUUGCCUCACGAACCAUUGUAUCCAGGCUAUUUCAACAAUCUGUGAGGCGCUACCACAAUGAACACUUCAAGCCGCCCACCAUGGACGAGCUGCCGGUACCCCGCGGCUCCUGGCAGGCCCAGUACGACGCCAACCAGCGCCGCUACAACCUCGCUCUUUUGUUUGGAAUUGCCUUCACCGCUGGGACAUUGGUUGUUGCCAAGGCUUCUGGUUUGGUGUACCUGAACUACUCGCCCCCAAAGUCUCUGGAUUAGAUUUUGCUGUGGAAUUUAAAUAUAUUCAAAUUUUGUAAAAGAAAUGUCAUGGAAAACGUCCUUGUGGGUUACAUUUACAAAAAUUGAAUAAAAAUCAAUUAAUAGUCGACUUAGUAUUCUAAUCAAUAUACUUUUUGUUUUAA